AUGGCGCCGCGAAGGUCUGAGCAACGUUUACGAGCGCUCUCAACGAAGUUCGACACAGGCCGGGCUGAUAUUAAUCCAAAACAUCGCGUAGACAAGAACAAAGGCUUCGUGAAGUACCGCAAUGGCCUGCUCAAGCUCAACCAGGCUUCACCGGAUAUCAACUACAUCACCAAGGAGAAUUCGUUGAAGUCUCCGCUGCUUCGCAUGCCACCUGAGAUUCGUAACAAGAUCUUCGGAUACGUUCUCGGAGGCCACGACAUCAAAAUCCAAGUCGAAAAAAAUAAGUACAUCCUGGAGACCCGGCAGUGGUCUCAUGAUAUCUGGCACGUGGCACGCCCAUUGGACUCCCCCCAAAAUUGCGACCCCUCGCCGUACUCCGUCAAGCCCAACUUCCAGCUCCUUCGCGUCUGCCGCCAAAUCUACAACGAAGCCGCAGUCCUUCCAUACAAGCUCAACAAUUUCUCCUUCGCGGGCUCUGCUCGGAAAUACCUCGGAAAGUACGGGAACAACUGGUACAACCCGACGGACUAUUGGGUCGAGCGACGGACCAUUGCCCAGCUUCAGGCUGUCACAACUCUGGAGCCGUCUGUGCGCUACAUGGAUGAGUACACGUCGAAGCGGCGGCCGGCUUUUCGCCGUAGGUUCCCGAAAAUCAAGCACCUCAUCAUAAAUAUUCCAUGGAAGGGAACGGAACGUUGGACUGAGUGGUCCAAGCAGAUUGUCGUCAUGCGGGAGAAAGGGAAGGUCGACAUCGAGUGGCGGUACUUGGAGCGACCUCCUGCAGGGCACUAG